AUGGCACAUCUACAUACAUUUCACUUCGAUAUUGUUACUGAAUCUGUCAGCAUGAAUGAACAACAACCUAAGCCAACACCUGAUGAUAUUCGACGUACAUUCACGGAAAUAGGAUAUCAUGUUGAUUGUUAUAUCGACUAUGAAUUUUAUAACUCAGGUCGAUGUCAUGUUUAUUCAAUUCCAUUCGAUAAUGAACGUAUGUGUCAUAUAACGCACGGUUUUCCUGGUGGUAUGUUCAUCAAUGUUCGUAUUCUACGUAUGAAGGACGAUUUCUAUCCAUUCGAACAAGUUUUUUGCUCAAGUCUCACGUUUAUUUCCACUACUUAG